UGAGACAGGAUAGGCCUAUGUAGUGCAGCCUACCAACGAUACUGGGGUCUCUACUCGAGAAUACUUUCUGUCUCUUCAUUGUUCAUAAAAAAAAUUAUCCACGGUAUGAGUCCUCGCCAGUCUAAAUUUAUACAAUCUAACCUACCAGUGACCUCCAGGGCGCCCAUCAAUGUUAUCAUCGCCGUUAUCGGAUUGCUGCAAAUCGCAUGCUGUGCGAUGGUUGGACUGCACCUAGCAGGUUACUUUCAGGUGCUGGAGACAGAGCGAGAGCCAUCCAUGGGGAAGACGGUUAAAGAGCCCCAGCACAAGUACCAGUCCAGAGUCCAUAAAAGGCAAAGGCACAGGACCCCGCUGGCCCACCUACCCAUCAGACCACUCAACCCCAACGGCCCCAGAGAGGUGUACGCCACCAUAAUCCACUGGAAUGCGGAGCGAGGCCAGCUCUCCCGGCUGCAGUACAGUGACGGCCGCCUCCUCUUCCGCAAGCCUGGCGUGUACUACGUCUACGCCAAGACCUGCUUCCGCUACUACAGCGACGCCGAACUGAGCAUGGGGCGAGUGGCGGCGCCGGCGGCGGUAGCCACAGCGCCGGAGACGAUGUCUGCCCACUCCCCGUCUCAUGAGUUACCUAUGACCAACCAACACAACCCACUUGGUCAUCAUCACCAUCAUCAUCAUCAAUACACACAGCAGCAGCAGCAGCACCUCGCCGGGGUGGCGAUGCCCACCGCCACGCCCAGCCCGAUCCAGCUGAUCCAGUACGUGUUUCUGGAGCGGCCCAGCCACGGCUCCCCCGCCCGGCCGCUCAUGCUGAUGAAGACGGGCAGCACGCAGCGCUGGCUGCCCGGCGGCUACCACAUGAGCUGCCAGCAGCAAGGGGGCGCGGUGCAGAUCCGGGCCGGCGACGGCCUGUACGUCAGCGUCUCCAACGCCUGGAUGCUGGACCCCGAGGCCGAGGGCAGCUACUUCGGGGCCUUCAGGAUUACCAACGCGGCGUAGUA